UAUUUACUUUCUUAAAUUGUUUAGCUCUGUUAACAGGUGUUAUUUCUUACUUUAUUUUUUGUAAGUGAUCUGAUAAAGGUUGUUUUUUUGCGAGAGUCACCAUUGUUUUUUGUGUUUAUUGUUUUUCAUUUGAUAACCUGCAAUUGCUCAUUCAGCGUAAAUUUUUUAAUGCAAACGACCGUAAGUGCACUUUUGACAGCCGUGCAAAAUGGUAUGGUUCAUGUUCGAUGCCCGAUGUAAUACAAAAACAAAAAAAAAUUGCAAACGUAAUCGCUUAUUUAUGUUAGUCACUGCGUUUGUUUACUAACAACGCGAAAACAAUAACAAAUAGAGACCUCAAAGCGCUAUCGCAUAACAAAACAAGGGGCCUAGUGACCUUGGGCCCCAUUAUUUCAGCCUUUGGCGGGAACUAGUUUCGGUUUCAACUUCAAGAGAACCCAUGGCAAAAUCAGAAACAGCAACAACACGUGUGGCGCUCACACAGAUCAAGCUACUGCGCAAAGCAUAUCGCAUAGAGCGUGCUCGUAAGCCAAUUAUGUGCCAAAAUGCGAAUGGGAAGACUUACACUAAAACCGGUUUUAAAUGUGGCGCUCAAAAAGUACAGGCCAACAAAAAAUACCAACUGGAAUGCCAAGCAUCUGGCAGCACUGCAAGUGGCAGCACUGGAAAAUGCACUGGAAAUCAUCGAACUAUCGAAGAACGCCUCUUGUUAUCGAAACCUAUUUAUAUUUUUGAAUUAAAUUAAAAUUUUAACAAAUAUAAAUAGUUUUCAAGCCAAUUUAGGAUGUGCAAAGAAGAGAAGGCCUGCUAAGCUAAGCUAACCAUUGUUUGCAAUUGGAGCAAGCGAGUGUGUGAAUGGGUAAAAAUCAAUACGCCGAGCAGCAGCGAUGGAGCAGCGCGCCAACUUCCUGGCCCUGACCCUCCUGGACGCCCUGGAGGACGAGAACGAGUCGGACAUCAUGUCGAUGCUGGAGAGGAAUAGCAUAAAUGCUGGCAUAGUGCCCUGCGAUCGCGGUUUGGCCCCGCUGCACUAUGUUUGCGGCAUGCGAAAUGGGGAGCUUGCCCAGCGGAUCCUGGAGCGGUUCCUCGAGUGUCCCGAUCUCGAUGUGGAUGCCCUGUGCGAUGGCCAGACAACGGCGCUGCACAUCGCCAGCAUCUAUGGGCGGGCGGAGCUGGUGAGGAUGCUGCUGGAGCGUGGUGCUCGUGCGGAUCUGGCCGACGAGGAGAACAAGCUGCCCGUGCACUAUGCCAUCGAGGAAUGCCACUUCGAGGUGCUGCAACUGCUGCGGGAUCACAUCUUCCGCGAGAAACAGCACCAGAAGAAGCAAAAGCAGCAACAGCGAGUCGACGCUCUGACGCCCAAUCAGCCGAGGUACAACCACGAUGUCACCUCGCCCUACUACAUCAAUAUCACCCACAGGCGGCAUAGGCCGCAGCCAAAGUUCCCGGAACCAGAGGAGGAGAUCGAUGGCACACAGAUUCCCCCAUUGCCGGAUGAGGAGUCGGUCAAUCUGUUCGCCCUGACCGAGGCCCAUCUCACGCAGCUCAUCCAGAGCCAGCGGGAGAACCAGCCGGAGGAUCCCGAUCAGCCAAAGCGGCGCACCCUCAUCGAAAGCUGGCGCGAGAAGGUCGAGAGGUCUCGUGCCCGCCAAUCCCUGCUGCAUCAGUACGACGAGCAUGUGGAGGCGCUGGUGGACGAGGCCCUCGAGCAGGAGGACUUCAGCUACGAGCAGCACCUGCAACAGCAGCUGCGCGGCGAAGAUAAUCCCAAGGAUCAGGGUGAGGAAGCUCCUUGCUCGGGUCGCCAGGUCUUCGAGUUGCUGGUGGAGCAAGUCGCCCAGGCGGUCGUGGAGCCGGAGCCAGAGCACAGCUUCUUCACGGCCCAGGGUGAGGAGGAGGCAGCCGCUUCGAAUAACUCCCCACGCCAGGAUGAAUACUUCCUGCAGAUCAAGGAGGCCUACGUUCACACCGAUGACGAGAAUGGUUUAGUCUUCUACGAGGCCAAGUUCCUACAAAAUGCCGAGAAGCGGGAGGCGGCUGACCAAGCCAUCAAGGAGAAGAAGCCCGAUUUGGACAGCACGGUGAGCACAAAUCAUACCGUGCCACUGGACUACGAAACGGAUGCCCUGCGACGGGAGUUAACCCAAAUGGGUGCUCCGGUUGGCCCCAUUACGAAGACAACCAAGCGGCUGUACAUCAAGCAGCUGAUCAAGUACAAGCGGAAUACGGAGGCGCUACUGGCCGCCCAAAAGCACGCCCAGGAGGCGCAAAUCCGCUACUCGGUGGAGCUGCAUCGCACUCUCCGAUCGCCGGAGGACUUUGCCCGGAUCAGCGAGUACUUGCCGCACGAGGCAGCCUCUGCAGCGCAUUUCGCCAAGUCCGGCGUACCGAAGAAGAACCUGCGGGAGGGCCAUCUCAAGCAGAGCUUCAUCUACAUGUUAAUCGAUCCGCGCAUCUCGCGAAAUCUGCCCGGCGAGAGUGCUUUUCUUGAAAAGUUCGGAGUGUGGCAGCGGUUCCUUGACUCCAUUUUUUACGUGGGCAAGGGCAAAUCCUCGCGGCCAUAUGCUCAUCUCUACGAUGCCAUGCGCCAGCACACUCGACUCCAUCAGAAGAGGGACAAGGAGAAGAAGAAUAAGGAUCGUGGCGGUGGAUUUCGCACCCUGCAGCCGGAUGUUUUCCGCUCGCCGCCACCGGGUGAUGGCAAAAUGGGAAGCCGAAAGCUGGAGCGCAUCCUGGACAUUUGGCAGCACGGCAAUGGAGUCGUAUGCUUGCACGUCUUCCACAACAUCUUGCCCAUUGAUGCGUAUACCCGCGAGGCUGCUAUUAUAGACGCCUUGGGUCUGACGCACCUCACGAACCUAAAGCGCGGGGAUUACUACGGUCCUGCCCAGUCGUGGACGAUGAAACAGAAGAAGCAACUGGGCAUCGCACUGCUCCUCAAGGCCAUGCACAUUUAUCUGGCGGAGGGAGAAUCCCAGCUGUCGCCUAGCGACCUUUUAUAAUAAGGGAAUCAAAGUAGGAUGAACUGCAACCUGGCAAUUGGCACCAAGUACAAAGUGCAGUGGCGCAAUUCGAACAUGUUCAAAGCUUGAUCUCAAGAUUGUUUUUAGUAGGAAAUGAGGCAGAGAAUAGAGAACCAUAAUAAUAGGGUAUUUUCAAAUGCAAAGUUCAACUGCAAAAUAGUUGUAAAUUAAUUAGCAUCUCUAAGCUUGAAACUGAAACUUUGAAAUAUUUAUUUUUAUUGAAACGUCACUACAAUUUUGGCGGCUAGUCUUUAAAUAUGUGCACAUUUAUUUCAACAAACCAGUCAUUUCUGGUAUUUACAAAAUCUUGUAUUUAUAUAAGAUUUAUUUGAUUUUAAAGGAAUUUAAUUUACGUAGAAAAAUAAAUAAAGGCUUGAUAAAUGGUACAGAAAUACAUGUUUCUCAAUUACCAUAUAUCGCAAUUUGGGAAAUUUUGGAAUAAAUAAUUUUAAAUAUAAACGAAGAUUGCUUAAACGGAAAUCAAACAUUUUGCCUGUUUGUUUCUACUUAUUUUUAUUUUUGUAGGGGCUUAAUAAUUAAAUUAUUUAAGGCCAUAUGCUUGAGGCUGGCACCCCUUUCUUCCUUAAAAAGUUUAGAAAUUUAUAUUGAUAGAUACACUGGGCUUGAAAGAAAAGAUGUUUUCCUUUUCUGUAAGACUAUUCCUUGAUUCUACUGCAACAAGUGGUUGCAUAUCUCCUUUAUUUCAAUAAUAUUUAUUAUAAAGGCCAAACACAAAAUAAAUCAGUUGUACCCUAGAUAAUUCAUAAAACAAAAUAUGAAAUACCGACGAAAUGUUCUUAAUUCGAUUGUGCAACGUCCGGUUGCGCCCUUUCGGUGACCUUCAACUCGCCUGCAAGGAAAUCCACCCUUAGGAAACAUCCCCAAAUAAAUUUGUGCAUCGGCAGCAGUCCAAACACACAGCCUGAAUCACAACUACAAGAACAAAGGAGCCUAAAAGCAUGCUGCACCUUUUGGCCAGCUGCAAAUUCGUUGCUUGAGAUAUUUUCGCGUGCGUGUGCGCAUAUAAUUCCCAACUGCUUCUGGCGCCGCCAGCAUGGAGCGGAGGUCGAAUGUCGGUGUAUGGUUAUCUUUGCGCAGUGGCAAUACCGUAACCGAUGAAGUUCUACUGAGGUGCGGUUAUUGCUAGUUGAAAACUUUAACCAAUACCCCGCCAUGGGGACGUGAAAUACCGUCCACUACGGCAAUUUUUGGAAGCCCGAGAGGGCUAAU